AUGAAAUCAAAGAGGCUAACUAUGAGUGAACACAAAGGCCAUGAGCAAGUUGAACAUGUAGACGAUAUGGUUGAGUAUAUCAGCAAUCUACCAGAUUGUAUUCUUCAUCACAUUCUCUCGUUUAUGGACACCCAAGAAGUUGUAAAGACAUCCAUAUUAUCUACAAGAUGGAAGAACCUGUGGACUUCAAUCCCCAACAUUUAUUUUGAUGAUGACUUGUGUCCUGAGGUGACUUCCUUCAAGAACUUCGUGGAAGGAGUGCUUCGGUCACGGGAUUCAUCAGAUAUAAUAAAGUUUUCUCUAUCAUGUUGUGUUUUCUGUGAUGCAUCUCAAAUACAUUCAUGGAUUUCUUAUGCAAUCAUGCACAAUGUUAAGGAGCUUGAUCUUUGUCUAAUGGAAGUAGAUCCAUUUAUGAUUCCUUCGUGUAUGUUUAACAGCAGAUCAUUGGAGAUCCUGAAUAUACAGAUGCAUUGGGUUGAACUCCCGUCUCAUAUUUCUCUUCCUUGCCUGAAAACCUUGCACCUAUCUAUUUUCGAGUUCCUGGAUGAUGAUUAUGCAGAAAAGCUUUUCUCAGGUUGUCCAGUUUUAGAAAAUUUGGUUUUAUCAGAUUGCAUGUGGAUGUCUUUGGAGAACAUUGUUAUUUCCAAUCCCUCCUUAAAAAGUUUGAUUAUAAAUGACAAGUCAUUGUUUGGUCCACUUGAUGAUUUUGGUGGGUGUAAGAUCAAGAUUGAUGCAGAAAAUCUUACAAAUUUUGAAUACACGGGAUAUCUAUCGAACGAAAUUUUAUUGAAUAAUACAUCGAAUCUAGUCAAAGCUUGCAUUCACGUUUCUCCUCCUCCUAUAUGGUAA